AUGCCGCAGGGGGACUCCCGCGUGCAAGAUUGGACGCCCUUUUUCGUCGAGCAAGUGCAACUCUAUGUCCUUGCAAACGUGAACGGGGUGAUUCCACUUUGCCAUCCUGUCCUGUUGAGGAUCCAUGGUUUUCCUCCCUCUCAUAUUUUGUGUUCCGGCCCCCGGGGAAACAAAAUGGACAGUAUCAUCGUCGCCUGCCUCGGUAUCGUCGACGAGAACACACCCACAAAGUACGGAUCGAUCGACCCGAUGAGGAACUUGGCAGUUCGAUUUGUGGUCACUGCCAUGCAAGAGCUCCAAUGGCGCGACGCCUUUCGCGAGCUCGUGCGGGAGUACGGCGACUUCUCGUUGGAUCUGUGGGGAGCCAUCUGGGACAACUAG